CUUUAGCGGAAAUGCCAAGGAAAUGAAAGAAACACGUGACGCCAGGCUACUGAAAUUUGUAAACAAACCCAUGGGACAUCUUUAGUACAAGUACUGCAAAUUACAUUUGAUACAUGAGCAACCAUGAAGAGGGUAUUUGUAACUGUAGGAACAACAAGCUUUGAUGACCUAAUCGAACGUGUUACUUCCCCUGAAGCUGUUCAAGAGUUGAAAGCCCGCGGCUAUCAACAUUUGGUCCUGCAGGUUGGACAAGGCUCCAUUCUCCCAGAUUCAGACAGCUGUCACGAGCUUACGUUGGAGGCUUUCCGAUUCAAGGAUUCCAUUGCUGAAAAUAUCAAAUGUGCCGACCUGGUUAUCAGCCAUGCUGGGGCAGGUAGUUGCCUGGAGACCCUUGGUGCAGACAAGCCACUGCUAGUGGUGGUCAAUGACAAACUAAUGGACAAUCACCAGCUAGAGCUGGCCAGACAGCUACACCAAGACUCACACCUACUGUACUGCACCCCCAGCACUCUUACUGAGACCCUGAAGACAAUGGACCUUGCUGUUCUCUCAUCCUUCUUACCUGGACAACCAAAGCAUUUUGCCAAUUUCCUGGACAGGGCCCUUGGUGUUCAAUGAUUCCAACAGAGGGCAGUCUCUGAGGUCAACUCAGUGUUCUGUUAUGGACUCUGGAGAUGUGUUGCGCUCUUCUUCUUCUUCUUCUUCAUGUGGCUUUCCAGCAGACUAGACGCUGUGUUGCAUACUGCCUUUCACAGGUCAGAGUGGGGAUUGCAAAUUUUGGUCACAAAAAUGGUGAAUGAGAUAAUAUUAAAUUGCACCACCAUCUAACCCAGCACCUAUACACUAUAACCAAAAACCAACCACCCCAUCCCACUAAGUUGGCCCUAAACAAUCCUACACCAUGCUGUCGGUCUGGGAGGAUUGAACCCCUUCUCUCAACUUCCUGUAGCUCUUCUGUACUAAAGUUUCUCACCCCAAAAUAUUUCUCUGCUGCUGCAACGACCACAUAUAUCUCCUGUGAUUUCCGCUCCAUCAGAUCAUGAUGGAGCGGAGUACAGUUGAUCACCAUGGCUAUGAUGUUUGCUCUCUGAAACUCCUCAUCUUUGCGAUGAACUGGAAGUGCGGUGGCCAGAGGGUAACCUGGGCCUCGCGUGCCUGGCUUCUAGUUUUUCCUAUCAGUAUGCAGAGCUAAUACCAACUCAGGCAAUUGCCUGGGGCCUUACAUCAUCAUCAUUUUGUUUAAUAAUGCGCUAUUAAGCAAUUGUGACCAUCUCCGUUUAUGACAAACACUGUGGAUUCUGUUUUCUUCCUGCAAAUUUGGCUCCAGCUUUUGAGCAGUGGGCUCCCUAGUGGCGCAGCGGUCUAAGGCACUGAUUCACAGUGCUAGAGGCGUCACAAUAGACACUGGUUCAAUCCUGGGCUGUAUCACAACCGGCCGUGAUCAGGAGUCCCAUAGGACGGCGCACAAUUGGCCCAGCAGCAUCCGGGUUUGGGUUUGGCCGGUGUAGGCCGUCAUUGUAAAAAUAAUUUGUUCAUAAUUGACUUGCCUAGUUAAAUAAGGUCAAAUAAAAAUACAAUAAAAAACCUAUUAUGACCCCAUUCCUGAAGCGAAUAAAUACUUUGUUUCCCUCUACGACACUCACAAGCUCUUCAGGACACACAUUUUUUUCUACAUACCUGAUGAUUUUCCUUUAUGUUUUCCCGAACUUUCCAAUUUCUGAUACAAUUCUCACUUUUUGAUGCAAAUUAAAAAUUGUUACAUCUUUCCCAUAUUAAAGUCAUUUUAACAUA